CUGAUCGCAAUUAUUGCUUCAACAAUGCAGUUUUGUAGAAUCAACAAAACUUUUGUUCAAACCAAUAAAUUUUAAUUUUCGACUUUAAAAUUUGUUCCGGUGUAUAAGAUUGGAAGCAAAAUACGGCCGCCAUCUUGUAGUUGUCAAGUCAAAUAAACAAAAAUGUCGAACGCGGAACCGAAAAUCGAAGAGCUGGUGGAGGUUGAAAGCCUCGACGAAGAAACGGCAGAAUUUAUUGCAGUACUUGAAAGUUUUGGUUCGUCGGAUACUAUUAUCAACGCUUUUUUGGCAAAUCAGUACACAAUCGACACACUGCGAAUCAUCGAGCGGCAGGAGGUGGAAGAGCUUAUUCCGCAGCCUUUCUUGGCGGAAAGGACGAAGUUUAUACACGGCCUCAACGAGUGGAGAAAGCAGAAGAAUCUCCCUCUUCUCUCCGGAACUGGAAAUCCUCCUGCGGUAUCGCUGCCGCCGGCUAUACCGGAAUUAUCGAGAGAAACGUGUACCGCCGCAUAUUUCCUCCGAUCGUCAGCAAAAGGCCAGGCAAUCCUGAACAAAUACGCUGAAAGUCCGUUUCUGACCAGAACUGAUAAGAAAUCGAUUACGCAGAUUGUGGUGGACGAAUUCAAAGAUCGUUUUUCGAAGCUAACCUCUUCCGAACUGGAGCAAAGGGCGAUUGAGUUGUCGAAACUAUUUCCGAGUGAACCGAAGGAAGUGUGGUAUCAAUCCCCGUGGAGCACCGACGGCGUUGGCCGAAGGAUUAAGAUCAGGAAGCAGGCUAAGGGAAGAUUGUACGACCGUAAUAUAAAUUACAAACCAGUCGGCGUGAAUAACCUUCAGCCGCCGCCAUCCGGAAGUGACGCAGGACAAUCAGCAGAGGAAAUCACCGACGAACAAAUUUCAGAGUAUCAACAGACCAAGAAAUGGAUUGUGCAUAAUCAGGAUGAGUGGGAGGAGUUGAAGACUAAAUGGAAACAAACAGCCCGAUUGAGAAUUUACGAACUGUCAAAGAACACCAGCAAAACCGCUGCGUCUAUUCUCUCUGAGUACUCAGUGUUUCGCAAUCAUCAAGCCUAUCAGCUGGUACAGAUUGAUUUCCAGCAGCGAUUUCCAGACAAGGAGAAGCUACUUUUUGAUCGUUGGUAUCAAUUUCUCGCGGGUGUCCUCCCAAUAUUGGAGGCUGAAGUUAAUGAUGCAGACGGGAAGGAAUUGCUUAAUCAUUUGAGGGCUCAGGAUAUAACAACUGAUGGUCAAGGUUUCAUAACAGUUUUGCUGCUGGCUCACAUACUGCCAAGCCCGGUACUGACGUUUGCGCAGAAGCGACGUUGGAAGCCUUCAAUCGUGGAGUCCCGUGACAGCGUGAUAAUCCAGGUCGACAAUUUGGCGGAACUACGGACAACAUUGAACAAAUAUUUCAACUCCUGUCGUGAAAAGGGAAUAGACUCAACGCCUUUCAUCGUUGUUCAUGGAAGUGAUCCAAAACAUCCGGAAGGAUUCUCAGUCUGGAACAAUGUAGUGGCGUAUAAAUUGCCAAAUCUGCAGAAAGCACUUGACGUUUGCGUGAAGCUGUUCAAAACCUACGACAUCCCGUUUCCACGACAAUCAUCGUUGAUUUGGAAUCUGCUGGCUACGUUCCUCUACGGCUUUGACGCCCCACCGGAUCAAAUUCAUAUCGCUGCCCUUUGCUCAUCGAUUUCGUCAAACAACUGA